CUUCCGAGUGUAGGUCUGGCUCCCUCCCCUCACACACACCCUCCCUGAAAGGUGUCGGAGAGAGAGGCUCAACCAACAACAAGUUGUGACAAAUCCUUUUUUAAUCAAGGACAGGGAGUUCACACAAAACUCAGGUUGAGCGGUGAGAACCAUGCAAGUGUUUCACUGAAUGGACCGAACGGAAGAAUCGAUUUGAGUGGAAGUUUAUUUUUUCUUCUUCUUUCAGUUGAGCCUGGCAUACCUCAUCCUCUCGUGUCUAAAGUGUUUAAAGGAUUGGAAAUGCCUGGGAACGAGAGAGUUUCUCGUCUCUUGAAAGAGAUCAUUCAAAAGCCGGGGAACGACGCGUGCGCAGACUGUGGUGCGCCUGAUCCUAGUUGGGGCUCCUGUUCCUUAGGAGUGUUCAUCUGUGUUCAAUGUUCCGGGAUCCACAGGAAUAUUCCCGACAUCGGAAUGAAGGUCAAAUCCCUCAGCCUCUCCCGCUGGGAAGACCAGGAAGUGAAGUUCAUGGCGGAGAAUGGGAACGAAUUGAUGAAGCAGAAAUAUGAGGUUGUUCCUGUCUACUACUACAAACCUACCCACAAAGACUGCCAGGUCCUGAGGGAGCAGUGGAUCAGAGCGAAAUACGAGAGGAAAGAGUUUACAGGGGAAGGGAAGAAACAGACCUAUGAGGAGGGAACGAGGGAUGGAAUGUUGAUGAAAAGGGGGCGGGACAACGGUCAGUUCCUCAACCGACGAUUCGUUCUCUCAGAAAGAGAGGGGACACUGAAAUACUUCACCAAGUAUGAUGCCAAGGAGCCUAAAGCAGUGAUCAAGGUGGACUCUAUCAACGCAGCCUUCCAGCCAGAGAAGAUAGGUAACCCCAACGGACUACAGAUCACCUACCUGAAAGACUACAACACCAGAAACAUCUUCCUCUACCACGACAACGGCAAGGAUAUAGUAGACUGGUUCAACUCUAUAAGGGCCAUCCAGCUCCACUAUCUAAAGGUGGCCUUCCCAGGGGCUAAUGAUGCGGAGCUGAUGCCCAAAUUGACCCGCAACUUUCUGAAGGAGGGCUAUAUGGAGAAAACAGGACCCAGGCAUACAGAAGGGUUUAAGAAGCGUUGGUUCACCCUGGACCACAGACGUCUCAUGUACUACAAAGAUCCCCUGGAUGCCUUUGCCAAGGGUGAGGCAUUCCUAGGGCACCAGGACCAUGGUUACAGAGCUAGCCCCGGCCUUCCAGCCGGAACCCACUGCAAUGGCGCCUGGCAACACGGCAUCACCAUAGUAACACCCGAGCGCAGCUUCCUGUUUACCUGCGAGACGGAAGUUGAGCAACAGGAUUGGCUGAAACACUUCAAUGAUGUCAUCAGCAUCCAGAUGUCCCCUCAGGAGUACUCCAUGGAGGCGAUGUUCAGACACAAGCAUUGAUGGACCCUUCCUCCUCCCAUCCUCCUCUCCUCUACCCGUCUUCUGUUCCUCCUCUCCUCCUCUCCUCUACCCCUCUUCUGUUCCUCCUCUCCUCCUCUCCUCAACCCGUCUUCUGUUCCUCCUCUCCUCCUCCUCUCCUCUACCCGUCUUCUGUUCCUCCUCUCCUCUACCCGUCUUCUGUUCCUCCUCUCCUCCUCCUCUCCUCUACCCGUCUUCUGUUCCUCCUCUCCUCUACCCGUCUUCUGUUCCUCCUCUCUCCUCCUCUCCUCUACCCGUCUUCUGUUCCUCCUCUCCUCCUCUCCUCUACCCCUCUUCUGUUCCUCCUCUCCUCCUCUCCUCUACCCGUCUUCUGUUCCUCCUCUCCUCCUCCUCUCCUCUACCCGUCUUCUGUUCCUCCUCUCCUCUACCCGUCUUCUGUUCCUCCUCUCCUCCUCCUCUCCUCUACCCGUCUUCUGUUCCUCCUCUCCUCUACCCGUCUUCUGUUCCUCCUCUCCUCUACCCGUCUUCUGUUCCUCCUCUCCUCUACCCGUCUUCUGUUCCUCCUCUCUCCUCCUCUCCUCUACCCGUCUUCUGUUCCUCCUCUCUCCU